AAGGGAAAGAAGGGACGGUAGGAGGAAGGAAUGGACAGGCAAGCAGGGAGGAAGGGAGAAAGGCAGAAAAAGAAAGACAGCCUGACAGAAAAAAGAAACAGCAACCAUAAAUAAAGAUGUAAUGAGCUACUUGAGGACACAGACGAGGCUACCUAACAAGGUUAGGACUAGGGUCCCCAACUCACCUGGUUUUGCCCAUAAUGCCCCCCCUUUCUGCCCCUGAAAGCCCCACAUCCUGUGAAAGCAUUCCAUCCUAGGUAAAUCGGGGGUACUGGUCAAUCCCCCACCUGCUUUGCUUCUGCCUGGCCAUGUGGGAGAGAAGACACCAGACAUCGGCUUCGCAAGGGUCUUUGAUUGAACUGAGAUACGCAGGUGGAGUUGGGUGCUACAGGCGACCGAUAUGCCUAUGGGAGUCUUGAAUCCGAGUUCUGUCCGGAAACCUACCUGGGCUCUGGGAUCUACCACAUUUGUCCCAGUGGACAUAUCAGCAUCAUGCCCCUCACCUCAGAGAUACUCGCAAUCUACAUACAAUCUAAGGGCAAAGACUGGGGAGGGAAAACUGCUGUGACCCUAGCCACCCCAGCAGAACUGUGAUCACACGAUGGAUGCCAGGAUCACUGAAACAAGAACGAUGCUGCUGAUGUGCCCACCUUCCUCUCGUUAGAAAAUGUUUCUGUGAGUUAUUCUCAAAUAGGAAACCAUUAAACACAUAUUUCUAACGAUUCCUAACAUUUAGGAAACAACUUCCUCAUUUAUGAUUCCCCAGUGACUAUGGAAAACGAUGUAAACACCAACAAGGAAAGUCCUGCCCAUUGGUCUAAACUUCGGGGGUCCAGCGCAUAAAAGCCCCAGAUCCGGAGGAGGCACCAGAAUCUGAAAACCUCACCUCCGGACAGGACCUGCCCACCCUCCACCCCUGACACCAUGACCCACUCGUGCUGCUCCUCUUGCUGCCAGCCUACGUGCUGCAGGACCACCUGCUGCCGGACCACCUGUUGCCAGCCCUGCUGCUGUGGGUCCAGCGGCUGUGGACACAACUGCGGUGGGUCUAGCGGCUGUGGGUCGAGCUGCUGCCAGCCUUGCUGCCGCCCAACUUGCUGUCACACCACCUGCUGCCGGACCACCUGCUGCCAGCCCAGUUGUUGUGGGUCCAGCGGCUGUGGACAAAACUGCUGUGGGUCCCACUGCUGCCAGCCAGUUUGCUGUACCCCCGUGUACUGCACGAGAACCUGCUACCACCCCACCUGCUGCUGCCUGCCUGGGUGCCUAGCCCAGGGCUCUGGAUCCUGCUGCCAGCCUUCCUGCUGCUGAUUGCCUCGCCAAGAACCACCAUCUGACUUGCCACUUGGGAAGUGGUCACCGCCAAGCGUUGCGGGAAGCCAGCCCGCAAUCCCCAACAUCUCGGUUAUUCAUCCGCCUGUUUACCAUCUUGUGAAUCACCCUGAUGAAGUGUGGACCGCUUCUCCCUGAUUCGCUUCUUCUUUCCUUCCUCUGGGUCAUGUGCCAGCUUCACCCAUCCUGAUACAGAGUGAGGAUCUCUGUUUGGUCUCCAUAGUCAAGAACUUUAUCCUGUCC